AUGGCUGCAGUGGACACCUGGGGAUCAGGUGGUGAUACCUGGAACGAGUCUGUCGGGGUCUCGGCCUCGUACGACGACCAUGCCAAUUAUGGCAAUGACAACUGCAAUGGUUGUGGCCAGGAAAAGCAUGAUGGUGCAGACUGCCCCAAUGGAGACAAUGAAGAAAACCGUGCCGGGGAUCGUGACAACGACAAGUGCUUCGGAUGCGGUGAAACAGGGCACCGACGUGCUGAAUGCCCAACUGCCGCGGACCGUGACAACGACAAGUGCUUCGGAUGCGGCGAAACAGGGCACCGGCGUGCAGAAUGCCCAACUGCCGAGGAAAUGACUUGCCGUUACUGCAAGAAGCCCGGGCACAUGAUCAAGGAUUGCCCUGACAAGCCUCCUAUGCUUUGCGAGAACUGUGGUGAAGAAGGCCACAUGAGGAGGUCUUGCGAGAAUGCUCGAAAGGUUAACCGGGACCAUGUCGCCGAUGUCUCUGCUGACGAGGCCUGGAGCAAGAUCAAGCAAGCCGCGGCUGAGCGGGACAUCGAUGAUGCCAAAGAAGGUGUCCAAGAGUAUGUCAAGGCUCUCAACGGAGAGAUUACAUACAAGGACUUUCAACAAGCCCUCAUUGAUCAAGGCAUCAAUCUUUGGUUUAUCCCUGUCGAGAGAUCGCUUCUCGAAACCUUCACCAACAUGGAUUGGCAGGGUAACAUGGGCAAGAAAUACUCCGUCACCUACCGAUUCUCGGAGAAGCCUGACCGACCUUGCGAGGUCGAAGGCUGGCCCAAGGACCGCGACGAAAUUCUCACUCGUCUUGAGGAUGCUGGCGAUGUGGUGAGCAACGGCAAACCACUUUGCAGCAACUGCAAGCAGGUCGGCCACAUCGCCAAGAGCUGCACCGAGGAGAAGGUUGAAACCAUGGGCGACAUACCCAAGGUAUCCUGCUCCAAUUGCAACGAAGAUGGGCACCGAGUUCGGGAUUGCCCUAUCCCUCGAGUGGACAAGUUUGCUUGCAAGAACUGCGGGCAACCUGGCCACAAGGCUUCUGAUUGCGAGGAACCGCCCAACCCAGAGAAUGUGGAAUGCCGCAAGUGCCAGGAGAAGGGCCACUUUGCCAAGGAUUGCCCCCAGGGUGGUGGUCGAGCUUGCCGAAACUGUGGCCAGGAGGGCCAUAUCGCCAAGGAGUGCGACCAGCCGAAGAACAUGGACAAUGUUAUCUGCCGCAAUUGCGAGAAGUCGGGCCAUUUCAGCAAGGAGUGCCCGGAGCCAAAGGAUUGGAGCAAGGUGAAGUGCAGCAACUGUGAGGAGUACGGCCACACCAAGGUCCGUUGCAAGCAGCCACCAGCCGAUGCCGUCAAUGGGGACGGAGGAUUUGGUGGUGACAACGACUAUGGCAACACCAAUGACAACGGCAAUGACAACUUCGAUGCCAACCCCGCCCCCGAGGACAGUUUCCAGGACGCUGGAACUGGUUUUGAUGACCAGGCCCAGGGCAGUGGCGGCUGGUAG